AUGGCGCAGCUACCAAAUGUGCCUGGCAUUUCGAAGCAGCAGCCCGUGCAACUGAGCCCUCUUCGAGCGCCUCUGGUGAGCCAGGGCAUCACAAAUGAUCGGAAUCUUGACCGGCACCUCUCGUCCUUGUGGGCGUCCGUGCUGGCAGCAGGCUUCGUUACGACCUCGCGCUGUUCCCGGCAGGCAGCACGAUGCAAUAGUGCGUGUCGGCCACAUACUUCGUGCGUGGAGGACAGCAUUGCCGAGCUUCAGGAGCUUCAGAGCCUUCUUCAAGACCUCGACAAGCUUGUCGCAAAGCGGCAGCCGGUUGAAGUGCGCAAGGAGGACCGGGAGAUUGUCGAGGAGAUUGCCAGGAAGCUCCGGGCUCUCAUGCUUUGCUGCGGGAGGUGGGAAGAGCUGUUCCCCCAGCUGACUGUGGACAAGCAACCGAACCUGAUGUACCGCAUCCACAUCUUCAAUGGCGAAGGAGUGGAUGUACGUCUGCACUUGUUUUUCCAAGACGCCUCUGAAACCUAUGUGCACAGCCAUAGGGCCAACUUCCAUUCGGUGUGUCUACAUGGAAGCUACGUGAACGAAAUCUGGGACAUCGCCAACGAUCCGGAGGGCGACUGCGGCGUGCACUUCGAGUUCAAUCGCACACAGGAUGAAGCCCUCAAGAGGCCAGGGGACAGGAAGUGCGGAUCACUUCUGUGCAAGACUUGCUGGAAGCAUUCGAGUGGUAGUUCGUACUUCUUGGAGGCCACGACAUAUCACAGGACAAUUCAGGAAUGUGGCCAAGCUAUGACUUUGUAUGUCAAGGGCAAAGCCAAGCCUUUUCAGACCAUGGCACUUAGCAAGGAAGAGAGACCUGACUGGAAAGGGACGAACUGUUUGGAAGAGAGGGUGGAUCCCUGUGACUUCAAGCAUGUCUCGAAGAAAGCUAGCGAGUUGCUGAGGGUAGGCAUUUGCGACAGAUUCUUUUUGCCGCCCAUAUAA